AUGAGUUCUCUUCGACUUCGAAUCGAUGGCAGAACGUUCAAGGACCCGCAGAAUCGAGAAAUUACUUUAAGGGGAAUUAACGUUGCUGGCGAUGCCAAAUACCCCAAGACUCCCGAUAUCCCUUCCUACGUUUCGGAUGGAUUCUUCGACACCGACAAUGUCUCGUUUGUUGGGCGACCGUUCUCACUUGAUGAUGCACAUACACACUUUUCAAGGAUACGUAAAUGGGGCUUCAAUACUAUAAGGUAUUUAUUUACUUGGGAAGCGAUUGAGCAUGAAGGUCCUGGGAAAUAUGACGACGAGUGGAUCUCGUUUACGAUUGAAGUCUUGCGAAUUGCGAAGCACUACCAGUUCUACAUAUUCUUGGACCCGCAUCAGGAUUUGUGGUCAAGAUUAUCCGGGGGCUCGGGGGCUCCAGGCUGGACACUCUACGCCGCUGGCCUGAACCCGAAGGGUUUCAAGAAAACCCAGGCUGCGCUGGUUCAAAACACGUGGGACAAUCCGGCGGAGUUUCCGAAGAUGAUAUGGAGUACCAAUUACACGAGGCUAGUUUGCCAAACAAUCUUCACGCUAUUCUGGGGAGGGCGGGACUUUGCGCCAAAGGCCAUUAUAGACGGCGUGAAUAUCCAGGACUACCUUCAGGACCACUACAUUGCAGCAUGUAAAUAUUUUGCGCAAAAUAUUCACGAUGCCGGGGACCUCGAGAGCAAGGUGAUUAUUGGGUGGGAGAGUAUUAACGAACCCCACCGAGGACUUAUUGGAAUCCAAGAUAUCUCUAUCGUCCCCCCGGACCAGCAGCUGCAGCUAGGAACAUCGCCUACUGCUUUUCAAGCGAUGCUUACUGGUUCCGGGCGGGCAUGCGAAGUGCCAACCUGGGGAUUUGGAGGAUUCGGUCCUUAUCAAACUGGUCGCGAAUUGAUAGAUCCCGAAGGGGAAUCUGCUUGGCUGCCAGCUACCUAUGAUGAUACAAAGUAUGGUUGGAAGAGAGAUCCUGGCUGGAAACUGGGAGAGUGUAUCUGGGCUCAGCAUGGGGUUUGGGACCCCUCGUCAGAUCAACUGCUCCAGAAAGAUUAUUUUUCCAAGAAACCGCGAACUGGCGAACCGCUGGACUACGACAAGUUUACCAAUACGUAUUUUUUGGAGCACUGGAGAGCGUAUAGCGCGGCGAUCAGGAGUGUGUGGCCUGGCUCCAUCAUGUUGUGCCAGCCGCCGGUCAUGGAAAUCCCGCCCGACCUGAAGGGAUCCAUUGAUGAUGAUCCAAACAUGGUCCAUGCUGUUCAUUUCUAUGAUGGCCUUACGCUCAUGUCAAAGCACUGGAACCGCCUAUACAAUGUGGAUGUAAUUGGUGUUCUCCGCGGCAAGUAUCUUACUCCAGCAUUUGCAGUUAAAAUAGGAGAAACCGCUAUUAGAAAUUGCUUGCGGGAUCAGCUUAAAUUCCUACGGGAGGAAAGUUUGCGGUACAUGGGGAACCACCCCUUGAUUUUCACCGAAAUCGGGAUUCCAUAUGAUAUGGAUGACAAACAUGCCUACAAAACGGGUGACUACAGUAGUCAAACCAGCGCCAUGGAUGCCAAUCAAUUUGCCUUGGAAGGUAGUGGUGGCAAUGGGUUUACCCUGUGGAUUUACACGGCAAGGAAUGACCACGAAUGGGGGGAUCACUGGAAUGGAGAAGAUCUGUCGAUCUAUUCAACUGAUGACCUUGAGCUCCCUGGGGGCAAGCUUUUCGCACUGGAACAGGAAUCUCGAUCGCAGUCCGACUCCCAAUCGCCUUCUUACUCGUCUAGUCAAAGCUACGUCGCCCAUAAGCAGAUUAGUCCACGAAACCUGAAGGAUGCGAUUAAAUCCCCUUCGAUAUCCUCAGAGGUCUCCCAAUUCGAUGAAGGCAAAGCAGGGUUCCGAGCUGCGGAGGCUUAUGUUCGCCCCAGCCCUAUCGUGACCAACGGAGAAAUCUCCAACUUUGUGUUUGAUUUGCGGAACUGUACAUUUACCAUGUCGCUUGUGGGGAAUCCGAUGGCGGAAGGACAGGACGUCCCGACAGAAAUUUACCUGCCUGACUUCCAUUUCCCGGAAACGCAUACCGAGGUAGUGGUCAGCUCGGGUGAGUGGUCGAUUGACUUUGUAGAGAUCAACUCCGUCAAACUGCAGCGGCUGCAAUGGUGGCAUUCUGGGGGCAACCAGAACAUCAAGAUCCAAGGGGUCAAGCGCAAGCCAGGAGACCCGAUCGGUGUAUCAGGGGAGGAUCUGAGCUAUCUGGAGCAGUGUCAAAGUGGCGGAUGUAGUGUUAUGUAG